CGGUACGAAAUGUUAGGAAAUGCCACAGCCCACCAGUGUGAUGGAGAUGUGCCUCUCUGCAUAUAAAGGCCCUCUGCACUUCCACAAUCCAACUCAUCUCAGAAGCAAAGAGGCAAAACACACAGAUUAGGAGAAGACAAAAUUAAUGACAUUGCUCUGAACUGUGGUGUGUGCAUCUGUGCUUCAGACAUGAAUCUCUUAACAUCUGUAAUGGUGCUGGGACUGUGUUACACACUCAGCUACCCGGCUGUAUCAGGAUCAGAAGAGAAUGGUUUGAGAAGGUCUUUAAUUCUGGAGGCCAUCAAGGAAGCCAAACAACUCGUAGAUGACUCUUAUUUGUACUCUCGUCAAAAGAGCCUUGAGAGGGUGCGCAGGUCCGAUUUCAUCAAGCCGUCUGAUAUACUGCGUCUGAUGAAGCAGCCGAAACGGAAAGCUCGUGAAGCUGUGAGAGCUGCAGAUUAUCUGGAGCAGACGCUGAGGAUCAUCGCAGAGAAAACACACCAUGCACACAAGAGAUCUAUUAACGCCACAGCACUGCUCACUCAUGAAGAACUCCAGACAAUCGAGCGUCUGACAGGCUGUGCCGGUCAAACCCUGCCACCUCCGUGCAGAACGAUGCCAGAUCUUAACAGAUAUCGCACGGCCACCAGCGUCUGCAACAACAACAUAAAUCCACUUCGAGGUGCUUCAAACACACCGUUCACCCGCUGGCUGCCUCCUGUUUAUGAAGAUAAGAUCUCCCAACCUCAAGGAUGGAAUCCAGAAAGACUCUAUAAUGGUGUUGUGCUGCCGCUGGUGAGGCUGGUGUCAAACCGCAUUUUCAGCACACAGGACCAGAAUGUUGUGGGAGACAGAGAGUACACACUCCUCAUCACCUUCUUCGGCCAGUGGAAUGACCACGACCUGUCCUUCACUCCCAUGUCACCCAGCAUCCGGUCCUUUAGCAACGGCAUUGACUGUGAUGCGAGCUGCGAGCGCUCCGAGCCAUGCUUCCCCAUCCAGAUUCCUCGAGAUGACCCACGCCUGCCCUCAGGUCCCAACAGCUGCCUUCCUGUUUUUCGCUCUGCACCUGCCUGCGGCUCUGGAAACGGCGCGUACAUGUUUGGAGGUGUGCCGCGGGUGCGGGAGCAGAUCAACACUCUGACAGCAUUCCUGGAUGCAGGCCAGUUGUAUGGCUCUGAGGAGGGGCUCGCUCGAGAACUCCGCGACCUCUCCAACGAUGGGGGCCUCAUGCGUAUCAAUGACAGAUUUCGGGACAAUGGCCGUGAGCUGCUGCCCUUCACCAAGGUGGCCAGCAAAAUGUGUGCCACACGCAAUCGCAUUCUGAAAACCACAGGCCUGGAGGAAGUGCCAUGUUUUAUCGCAGGUGAUGAGCGUGUGGAUGAGAACAUCGCUCUCACUUCGCUGCACACACUCUUCCUGAGAGAACACAACCGGAUCGCGCGUGCUCUGCGCCGCAUGAACCCACAAUGGAGCAGUGAACAGCUUUAUCAGGAAGCGCGCAAAAUCGUGGGAGCCUUCCAUCAGAUCAUAGUGUUUAGGGAUUAUCUGCCACACAUCGUGGGAACAGAUGCUAUGAGGAAUCAACUAGGCAAGUAUCCCGGCUACAACCCCAACGUUGAUCCGACCAUCUCCAAUGUGUUCGCCACCGCCGCUUACCGCUUCGCCCACGCCACCAUCCAGCCCCUCAUCUUCCGUCUGGAUGAAAACUUCCAGGAAAAUCGACAGUUCCCCAGCGUUCCUCUGCACACAGCCUUCUUUACCCCAUGGAGAAUUGUUUUUGAAGGUGGGAUUGAUCCUCAGAUUCGGGGGCUGAUUAGUCGUCCAGCUAAGCUGAACAAGCAGGAUGGAAUACUGGUGAACGCAGUGAGAGAAAGACUGUUCGCCUUCACCAGCAAAAUAGCCCAGGACCUGGGUUCCCUCAACCUGCAGAGGGGCCGAGAUCACGGGCUGCCAGGCUACAACGCGUGGCGGAAGUUUUGCGGCUUGUCCACACCCAGGAAUGUUAUUGAAUUGGGGAGAGUGCUGAAUAACGCAGAUCUGGCACGUAAACUCAUCCAACUCUACGGCUCUCCCAAUAACAUCGAUCUUUGGGCAGGAGGCAUUGCUGAACCGUUCGUCCCCGGAGGCCGAGUCGGGCCGGUGUUCUCUUGUAUCAUUGCCACCCAGUUCCAGAAGAUCCGCCAAGGAGACAGGCUCUGGUGGGAGAACAUGGGUGUUUUCACCCCAGCACAGAAAGCCUCGCUGUCCAGAGUGUCUCUAUCUCGCAUCAUCUGUGACAACACGGGCAUUACUAGAGUUCCUAGGAACCCUUUCCUCUUUAGUAGCAACCAAGCAAACUUUAUCAACUGCAGAGGCAUCCAGGAGGUUGACCUCAAUCCUUGGAGGAAUGCAGAUUUUUCAAGACCCAGAGGACCUCUAGGAGAACCAGGGGCCAGUGUAAAUGCAACUGAUGAAAAUGAGGUUCUAAGCGAAAGCCAAUCCAAUGAGAUCCAGGACCUAGAGGACCUGCUGGAGAACCAGGUAAACCAGGAAUGAGAACCCCCAGGGGUCCAUGUUGAACCCCCUGCCCCUCUGGAACCCCUUGUCUCCCCUGGACCCUCUGGUUCUUGUGGCAUCCUGGAUGUCAAUGGUUCUCCUGGCCUUUUUCUCCCUGCCAUCGCUUCUGCAAGAUCAUCUACAAAGAUAUGAACCUCUGCAACACUCAGAAGGGCGAGUUCAUCUGCAGCGUACCUGGUGUCUAUGAGUUUAAUUUCUUCUGCUCGAUGUCUGCAGUGUCAGCACCAUUACCAUGCAGCAUAACGGCAGCAUAAUGGUUUUGAGCAGCCCUAGCACAAUGAUAUACUGCUCCUGAGGAUGGAGCAGAGUGAGAGCAUGUGGCUAGAGGCCAGUUUAUGCACUGACCUUUUAAUCUGAUAGCUAAUUUAUUGGCUGCUUGCCCUUCGAAUGCCUCCAUUUAACACUCAAUUUCUGUUACGUAGCAAACUUCUGUUCAAACUGUACAAUUUUACUACUCAGCAUAUCUUUGUAUCAAUUAUCAUGAGUAACAAUAAUGAUGGAACUGGAACAAAUACAUCCAGAGUUGAUCCAUAUACAAGGAUUGCUUUUCACUGUUCAUACACUGUUCACAAGUACAUCCUACUUCCUUUCUGUCCUCCCAAGUGCACUGUUUGCUGCUUAUGUUAUAAAUGAACGGCUAAAUUUGUAUUUUGCUAAUGUGGUGAAAAAUGUUUAAAGCUUCUUUCUAAAGAUAAUGGCUUUUGAUCACUCUGUUGAGAAAACUUUUUAAUACAAUGGUUUGCAGAAAAUCCCAUUGAUUACAUUAUUUUGUAAAAUAUCACAGUUCAGUUCAAGAGGAGAAAUCAUACCAAAUUCAGUUAGGAAAAAAGUGAGCCUGGCUGUCCAAGAUAAUGGCCUUCAUAAUGUAAAAGCUAAAUACUAACAUUUGUUCAUGUUUAUAGAUGACAGUAAGUCACGCCGUGUCCUAAACCACAUCAGUGUCUGUCUGUGUAACAUCACUGAAGACCUGAAUGAGAUUUGGCACUCAUAUUUACGUCUUACCUAAUUUCGUAAAUAUAGGAAUGAUAUGUUUUCAGCAUUCCAGUCUGAUCAGUGCUAUAGAUUAUCGUGCAUUUUUUUUUUUACAUAUAUUGCAUAUUUUUCAUUAUAUAUACACAUUCUAUUUGGUGUCUUUACAUGUCUUUUAAGAGUUGUGUGUUGCAUUAACAAUUUAUUUUGUGUUACAUACCAGUUGCAAAUAAAUUGAUGUACCUCAUCUGUACAAUGAUAUUGUGUAAUGUAAUAGUUAAAAUAAACUAAACAUCUGGCAUA